CAGAUUUAAAGGUGCAGCGGCCCCGUCCCUCGAUAGACCUAGGAGGGUAGACUCUGGCUGCCAGGGAGACUAGUGGCACCCACCAUGCAAUUUCGACGCCUGACUCCUGGCUACUUCCGGAUUCUGCAGAUGCAGGUAGCUGGGGAGCUGAAGGCAGAGCCCCGGAGUCGACUGGUUGGGGUCGUGGCUACACUGCUGGCGGUCCUUGGACUGGGUGGCUCCUGCUACGCUGUCUGGAAGAUGGUGGGGCAACAGCCACCGCCACAGGCCCCAUGA